GGCUAGAAAUACUGUGUUUGUUGAAUAUUUUCUAUGAUAUGUGGACCCGCAUCAUGUGGACCUAUUGUUGCCGCUACAAACUGUGCCGCACGUGACGUCACAUUAUAUGAAACAACAACAGGAAGUAAAAGAUGUUUCUGUCCACAGGCUAAAGACUGAAGGCUGCUUCCAUUCAGACAUGGAGGACGUCAGCGCUGUGAUGUCCUGGUUUUCCAGCCCUGUGUACAGCCGCUACUGGCAGCACUACCGACAGGCCAUGGCCUGGCAGCAGAGACACAGGCGGGCCUACAGUAAGGCCUUGGAGGCGGCUUAUGGCCCAGCCCCCCCACAUGAGGGAUAUCCCAGCAGCCAGCGACGCUAUGCCGACUGGCAGGCUGGGGGGAGCGGCAGCGACGAUGCAGACGAUGGAGAGGAUGAAAGCAGCUCGGAUAGCGACAUCGAAUGUGACGUCAGCAACAUGGAGAUAAGUGAGGAGCUCCGGCAGUACUUCGCCCACACCGAGAGACACAGAGAGGAGCUGAAGAGGCAGCAGCAGAUGGAAGCAGAGCAGCAGGAGGGCUACGUACUGGCCGAUCAGGACCUGCACGGCGUCUCCAACCGUAGCAGCGCCGCUCCCCCUUCUGACCGACCAGGCGAGAGGCGAGCCGCAGAGAUGAAGAAGCUCUAUGGGAAAGACGCGGCAAAGAUCCUGGCCAUGGAGGCGGCCAUGCAGCUGACAUUCGACAGAAACUGUGACCGGAAGCAGCCCAAAUAUUGGCCUGUCAUCCCGCUGAAGCUGUGAACUCUGAUCUCCCCAAGAGUCAGCAGCUUUGUUCUGUAACGGAUGGUGACUGAGUUAGCUGGACAUGUAGAGCUGAAGGUUAGGAGCCAUUCUAAGUGGAGGAAAGGCGGACAAGCUUCUGUUUCAGGGUCAGGGAAAGGGCAGGCUUACUGUACGUGAGCCGUGUCCCUGGUGCUGAUGUAAAUAUAUUCAAAGCACAGGAGUCUGUGUGUUUCCUCCUGAUCUGUUUCUGUUUCCCCUCCACCUUGCUGAUCUUUCAGCUCCCUUUAGGCCUGUCAGCUUAUUCUUAGCAGUAAAACAGACGCUUCUCUGCAUGGCUGCUUCAGAUUUUCCACUUUUCAACCCAAGUUCAGAGUGCUUGGUUUUGUUUCCUCUAAAUCCAGCUUUGUUUGUGACAUUACUUUGAAUAACUUUCAUGUGUCUUCUCAAGAGGUUUGACCUGUAUUUUACCUUGUUUGUGUAUCUUUACAGAAAAGUAGUUAAUAAAGC